AUGUCUGCGGAAACACCAACGCUGAGUGAAGUAUUUGAUGUCAAUGAUCCACACGACUCUCAGACUACCGACACGGAUUUGAGAUAUUUGGCGUACUUUGCUAGAGCAAGGGCGUUGCUACUGCCUCUUGCUUUUCGACCACUUGUCUACCGCUCAAUCGUCAACCUCGGAUACGCAGUCUCAUGGGGAUACGUAGCAACAGACGUGACUCUCGAAGCCAUAAAAGAGAACAAACGACAAGGGUCAACAAAUGAAUCACUGGCCCGAGUGAUACUAUCUCGAGGAGUUUUCCAAAGUUUAGCAUCAAUGGCUCUCCCUGCGUUUACAAUUCAUCAGACGGUGCAUAUUGUCACGAACUUAAUGAAGAGGAGGCCAGGCUUAUCGCCUUUGAUGAUGAGGCUGGGACCAACUGCCGCUGGGCUGAUGGUUGUGCCUGCUUUACCAAUUAUGUUUGAUCAUCCUGUUGAAUACGCUGUUGAAAGGAUAUUCGAUACUGUUUGGCCAUCUGAAUCUGCGCAUCGUCAUGCGUCCGAACAUGAGACAAAGAAGGAGUUGUAG